GGAAAUUUGUUUUUGUGUGUGGGUGUGCAAUUGAGGGAUGUUGAAACAGGAGAGAGAGAAAGUGGAGUUUGCCCUUUUAAAAUAAACAACGUAUGUACACAUUCAUGUUGUCCUUGUCUGUUUAAGUUUAAAAGACAGUUUGAGCUGCCUGGGCUGCACGCUGGUUGAGCCGUCAUGGAGAGAGCUGUGGUGCAAGUCACCCUCUUUGGGCUGCUGCUGGUUUUGGCUAGCACACUACCAAACAAGGACGACUGGAACAUCUACAGCUUUCACAUCAACUCUACAGUGACCAGUCGUUAUGCAACCACGAUCAUCACAAGUCGCGUCGCCAAUCGCAUGGACGACUCAAAGGAAAUUCAGUUCGAGGUCCGGAUUCCCAAGAACGCCUUCAUCAGUAAAUUCAGAAUGUUUAUAGAUGGUCAAGUGUACGAUGGUGUUGUGAAAGGUAAAGAGAAAGCUCAGCAGCAGUACACUGAGGCUGUUUCCCGUGGACAAAGCGCUGGGCUUGUCAGUUCUGUAGGGAGGACCCUGGAGGAAUUUAAGACCUCUGUGACUGUGGCUGCCCACAAAAAGGUCACCUUUGAACUUACAUAUGAGGAGCUGUUGAAGCGCAGGCUUGGCAAGUACGAGCUGCAAAUCCACGCUCGACCCAUGCAGCCUGUCAAAGACUUCAAGAUCGAUGUGUACAUUAAUGAGAAAGCUGGCAUCAAUUUCAUCGAGGUUAAAGGAGGACUAAGCACCAAAGCCCUGGCUAAUGCAAUCACCAGAACACACACAGACAAACAGGCAUGGGUGUAUUUCUACCCAACAGAGGACCAACAGAAAACGUGUGAUGCCUGUGGAGUGCAGGGUAUGAAUGGAGAUCUGAUUGUUAGUUAUGAUGUCAACAGGGAUACCUCACUUGGAGACAUCAAGACAUCAGCUGGAUACUUUGUUCAUCACUUUGCUCCAUCUAGUCUUUCCCGCAUACCAAAAAAUGUUGUCUUUGUUAUUGAUCAAAGUGGCUCAAUGAGCGGCAGAAAAAUCGAACAGACCCGAAUAGCAUUAAUCCACAUCUUGAACGACCUGGCAGAGGAGGACCACUUUGGUCUUAUCACCUUUGAUAGCAGCGUUUUUCACUGGAAACGAGAACUUGUUCAGGCCAACAAGAAAAACCUGGAGAGUGCUAAGACAUUUGCACAGAAUAUUAGAGAGAGAGGAGCCACAGACAUUAACGCAGCAGUGUUGGAAGGAUCACGUAUGCUAAAUGCACAUCCCAGAGAAGGUUCAGCGUCUAUCGUCAUACUUCUCACCGAUGGAGACCCAACCUCAGGUUACAAAAAAACACACAUGCACACAAAUGUGAGAAGGGACAGAAGAGUGACGUUUUCUGACACAAAUGCCACAGUGGAAUACACUGGCACAGAUUUUGACAGCCACAUCCAGAGGGUUUGGGCCUACCUCACAGUCAAACAGCUUCUGGAGAAAGAGCUACUGUUAUCUGGAGCUGAGAAGGAGAAAGUGAAGAAGGAGGCCUUGGAGCUGUCGCUGAAGUACAGCUUUGUAACCCCUCUUACAUCCAUGGUGGUCACCAAGCCUCUAGGGGAGAACACAGAUGUGCUCCAUAAACCUAAGGAAGGUGAAACAACACAGGCACUGCCCCCUCUUGUAGGGCAAAUACAGUAUAUAUCAUCAUUUUUCCUUUUAACAAUAAGGCGUCUUUCUCAAGCCGUGGGUAGUGGUCUCUCCGGAGUUCCUCUUUCCCACAGGUUUCUGCUAAAAACUGAGAAUCUGUCUCUUCCUCUCUGCUUUGAUGUCACUGGAGACGUUCGCCUUAAACUACUUCACCAUCCCAACAGAGAGUUGUCUGUGAAUGGUGAGCUUGAUACAGUAACAAAUGGAGGCUUCAGAAGGAUUGUCAUCCACCUUAAGACGGACCUCGAUGUUGAGGUUGUCACCAAUGUUAUCACUGUGCGAGAGGGACAGACAACGACACGCCACACUGGACAGGAUUUCAUCACAGCUGGAAGUUUGACAGUGAUUAGGUGGGACAAGGAAAUAGACGUUGCAGUUGGAGACACACGCAUGGUCAUCUAUAUUCAUGAGAAGGAUGGCGUAGAAUUCCUUUGGCCGGUUUUGAGACAGCGGCCACUGGACAACAACGUUACAGGAAUUUUGGCUCUAAAGCCAGCAGUUUAUGAGGAGGUGCAACAAACUCCCUCAACAAAACUUCAGAUCAAAGACAGGGAGAUUGACGUUGUCAGGGCCAAUGCUGUUGACUACAGUUUUGUGUCUUCCCUGACACUGGACUGCUGGCUCAUGUCUGCAGAGUCUGUCCUGCAGAGACGCCUGGAUGAUUUCAUCGUUACUCAACUUUAACUGGGAAUUAUGUUAAAUCACUUGCAAAGAUUUCGUUUGCAACAAAAACAGGGCAGAUACUGAUUCAUCUUGGAAAAAACAGUUUCACCUGUAACUGACAUAAACUAAUAAAUGAUAUCCCAGUUUUUCCGUUGUCUUG